AUGACCAUCUCCGUCGCCAUUCUGGUCUACCCCGACUCCGACAUCCUCGACAUCGCCGGCCCACUCGGCAUCCUCUCGACGUCGACCCUCCACGACAACGCUUUUUCAUUCACUAUCCUCGCUCAGCACGAACUUACAAAGACAUGUUCUCACAUGCGCAUCCCCCGCGACAUGUCACUCGACCACGCGCGCCAGGACAACAUACUCUCUUCGUUUGACGUGCUGCUCGUGCCCGGAGGGUCUCUUGAGGGUCUGACCGGGAUUGCGCAGGACGCGGAGUCCGCCGAGGUGCAGUUUGUCAAGGCCUUUGCGAGCAUUCAGCUACACCACAAGAAGCGGCGGCCUAGGACGGUGUUUUCGGUGUGUAGCGGGGCGUUGAUGUUGGCUACAGCGGGUGUUCUCGUGGGCAAGACGGUAACCACGCAUCAUCUCGCGCUGGACGCUCUGCGUAAGCAGUGUGCGAAGCAUGCAGGGCCCGAGACGACUGUUGUGGAAGAGUGUCGGUAUCAGGAUGGUGGGUUGACAGAGAACGGCGUCAGGGUGUUGACGGCGGCGGGCGUGUCGGCGGGCAUGGAUGCAGCGUGUUAUUUCAUUGCGAGGGAGUUUGGGGUUGAGCAGGCGGAUUGCGCGGCGAGGAUGAAUGAGUAUGAGUGGGAGGAUGUCUACUCUCUUCGGGGUUGA